UCAAAACCUUUUCUGAUAUUUUCUCCCAUUGGAUUCCCAAUUCAGGUCCGCCGAGCUUCGCAGCUCUUUCCCCCCAGUAUAAAUACAAGUCUUCCCUCACCGGUCUUCGCUUCCUUUACCCCAAAAUUUACACCUCUCUGCGUUUCUCCUCCGAAGCCCUAAGCCCUAAUUUCAAUCAGUCUCCGUUCGAUUCGCGAUUCGUGAUUCGUGAUUCUUCGUCGUGUUUCUGCUCUCUAAUUCGAUGGCGGCCGGUAAACCCCUUACAACUGAGGCCAUUGCUCUUACAGAGAAGAAGAUGGACAUGGCAUUAGAUGACAUUAUUAAAAUGGCCAAAGUUGCUCCCAAGGGUAAGAAGCAACGGAGGGUUUCGAACAAAAGUCAGACUUUUCUUAAGGGCACUGCUCAAGAUAAACCAACAAAGCUACGUCGCUUUAUGGACACAAGAUCAUCCCUUAGACAGGGGGUUCUGGCUCAGAGAAGGUCAAACUUCCAGGGGAACCAAUUCCCGAUUGCAACUGAGGCUGCUCGGAAGGCAGCAGUUGUUCCUCUUCGCAAUAGAGCUUUUAAUCGUAACAGGGUGCCUAACUGGAAACCAAGGGCUGGUGCUCCUAAUCAGAGAAGGGCUGGAAAUGUUGGCUUUGGCACCAAGCUUUCCCCACAGCAGCAGCCGCAGCAGCGUCAGCAGCAGCAAGAGAAUGUAGUUGCUAAUCAGAGGCCUCAAACACUUGAUUUGCUGUUUGCAAACAUGAAGGAGCAAAGGAUGAGGGCCCAACCACCACACCAGAACAAUGCCGUACCACAACGUAAUAGGGGCCAGCCAAGGCUCCCUUGGGGAAGAGGCGGGCGAUUUGGCAACUAAUUCAGACACAGUUAAUGGACCUGCUAGAAGACAAUUGCCUGAACUGAUACUACGCCUAGAUGCAGCAAGAGACUACUACGCAGCUGGAAAGUAAUCAUAGGCAAAAUAUAAUGGCCUGUUCUACUUGUCUGUAGGCCAUUAUUUUCUUUCUUUUGCAACAUUUGGUAUCCAUUUUGUUUCCUUCACUGACUCUGUAUAUAGUAGUCUCUUCUUUUUGGACUACUGAUUCCCUUUUUCAAAGUAUAAAGUUGAAUUUUAAUAUC